AUGAGAUACAUUCACAGUUCGGAGACUCUUGACAUCCCCGAGGGUGUCAAGGUGCACAUCAAGACCCGUAUCGUCACCGUUGAGGGCCCCCGAGGAAAGCUCGUCAAGGACCUCGGCCACUUGGCCGUCGUCUUCGGCCAGCCGGCCAAGAACACCAUCUCCAUUGAGAUCCACCACGGCAACCGCAAGAACGUCGCCGCCCUCCGCACCGUCAAGUCCAUCAUCAACAACCUCAUCAUCGGUGUCACCAAGGGCUUCAAGUACAAGAUGCGCUACGUCUACGCCCAUUUUCCCAUCAACGUCAACCUGGACAAGCAGGCCGAGACUGGCCUCUACGAGGUGGAGAUCCGGAACUUUAUCGGCGAGAAGUACGUCCGCCGGGUCAUGAUGCAGGAGGGUGUCGACGUCGAGAUCUCCACCAACCAGAAGGACGAGCUCGUCCUGACCGGCAACUCGCUCGAGAACGUCUCGCAAAGUGCUGCGGACAUUCAGCAGGCUUGCCGUGUGAGGAACAAGGAUAUCCGAAAGUUCUUGGACGGUCUGUACGUUUCCGAGAAGGGCAACGUCGUCAACGAGGAAUAG